AUGAAUGUCCCUGAAGAGUGCCCGCUAUGUAUUUCUCACCAAGAAUCUCAUGACUACCUCUUCUUUGAGUGCCCGCUUUCUCAGGAACUCUGGCAUUUCUUUGCAUCGCGAAUUUCCGGGCAAGACUCAACAACUGCUGUUUCCAUCCAUUCUGGACACCAUACUGCUUCCUCCGAUUUCUACCUCGGCGCACACCACCACGCUGAUGAGGUUGCUGCUACAAGUCACGGUCUACGCUCUGUGGAGAGAGUGGAAUGCAAAGAUUUUUACCACAACGACCACGCCAAUACACGCCUUGAAGGGUGUAGUGGACCGCACGAUUCGAGAUCGACUCCUUUCCUUCCCUUCGCUGGAUGGCACUCCUUCUCUUCUAGAAUCAUAUUUUGCUUGUAUCUCAUAUCCGUUAUGAUAAACUUUGGUCUGUUCCACAUGUGUGGGGUAAGUUUUUAG